AUGGAUGCUACAAUGAGAGAUGGUGCCCGUGUUAAGCGUGCGAAAUCAUGUGCACGUAAAGUAAGCCAGCGUGAUAGUGAUGAUUUCGUUGAUGAUGUCCCGCACACGCGUAUGGCUGAAAUUACUAAUAAUCGCGAUGUUAAGGGCAAGAAAGUGAUUGCUGCUAGUACAGAUGAUAAUGAUGUCGAUGCUGGCAAUGGCACAGAUAGCGAUGACGACGAUAUGUUUCCAAGUUUGAAUACAAGGUCGUCAUCGAGUAUAUUUGUGAAGGUAUUAUCUAGUUUGACAGAUAUUCAGAAGCAGGCUGUUCAUGAGAUGGGGCUCGGAUCUCUCUUGGAUUUGGGUAUAACUUCAACUCCAUCGAAAAUGGGAUUUUGGUUAGUGGACAGAUUCAACCACAUGGACCGUAAGUUGCAGUUAUACGAAGGUGAAAAGGUGCACAAGAAAGAAGGAGACGUGCACGCGGCAUUAGGUCUGCCUCGCGGAGAGAUUGUAAUUAGAAACAAACAGAAGAGAGUCACGUCGGAGUUGUACUAUGAGUGGGUUGGGCUAUUCAAUGUCAGAAUACCGUCAAAUAUCACAGCGUCAAAGGUGGCAGAUAAGAUCCAGGAGUGUGUAGAUGGCGGUGAUUGGUUUAAACGUCACUUUAUUGUUCUCAUGGUGACAUGCCUCUUCGAAAGCUCUUCAAACGGAAUGGCAAAUUUCCGUUUGGUCCACAUGCUUGAUGACUUAACAAAAGUUUUCAAUAUAGAUUGGUGCUCGUACAUGAUUCGAUGCCUCGUUGACACAAAGAAGUCGUGGGAUGCUGUUGGCAGACAAAAGAAGUAUACAGGCCCUUUGUUAUUUCUGACGCCAUUUUACGUGGACAAGGUAGUGCUGUCGAUGAGAUCCGUUGCACGGUUAUUUCUGACUUUUCGGUCAUGGAGCAACGAACUAUUAAAGGCUAGAAAACGAGCAGAGAUUUCGUCUGGAGCUUUUGGUAGGGGGUUUGUCGACACAGAUGUGUCUACGGUUGUUGGCCACCACCAUCAGUGGUUGGAUAAAGUCGGUGUUUCGGCCAAUGACGGCGAGUCCAAAAACACGAUGGAGCAUAGCGUACAGCCUCGAUCUCAUCUCGCUCGGAAGCAACAACCGUCCUCCCCCACGAGCAGUAACCAGACCAUCUCCUCCGGCAAGAAUUUUCCCCUUCCAGCAGGCCGCACGACCAUCGUUCCUCCACCAUCAUCGACCCCGCGCCAUCACCAUCGAAGCAGCACCUUCGGCGAGCUUCAGCCCCUGCGCCGACCCUGCGAGCAGCAACGUCCUCAGCCGAGAGCCGUCCACGAGUCUGCAUCCAUUACGAAGAACCCCGCGAUCCCCACAUCGGGCGAGCCGCAGACUGUAAAUCUUUUCGGCAGCAACUGCUCGUCAUCGAAAGCCCAUUUCUGUCUGAUCGAGGACAGCAGCCACGAGCCGAAUAGGGUGUCGGGCAGCACCAAGAAAGCCGAGCCCUAUCCUAAGCAAAGCUGGGAGGAUCGAGCCCCUUUCUUUCUCUGUUUUCACGGUAAAUUGGCUGAGCCAUAUGACAUUCUUUUGGCCGAGUUUGAUGUGUUUUUAAUGCGCUUAGUUUCAGUUUGUUUUUAG